UAUCCCACUCAACCACUUAACAAUGAGAGCCUGAUGUACAGAGUAUCACGACUUAAGUAAAGAGGAAUAAUUAAUGAACCGAAACCACCGGUCUUCAGCCUUUACAGAGCGCACACACCAAGGGCGUGCUGUCGAGACAGCGGAGUGAGUGGACAAGCUAGAAUGGUCAUCACUAGCAUGUUGAUGCUGAGACAAAGAGAGUUGGAGCUGAUGGCGUAGUCUACGAACUUUUCCGGACUUCAUCAGUCAUAUCUAAAAUGUGUCAGCAGUCGUGAAACAACCAACAACCAUGAUUGUGAUAAGAUGUUGGCAGUUGUAUUCCCUGGCAGUGCUGACUGCCAUCUUUGCCAUGGACUGCUCGGCAUUUAACGUGGAUGUAGACUCCGCCACAGUCCAUUACGGACCCAACAACUCCAUGUUUGGAUACCGUGCUGAGUUCAUCAAACAGAACACUGGCUCAGCCAGGCUGCUGGUGUCUGCUCCGCACCUCCUGCCUGCUACACGGAUGGCAUCUGGUAACUACUUCUCUUGUGACCCACUGGGGGUCAUGUCAUGUCAGGGCAGAAACACUUUGCCCCCGGACGUUGACACGCAUCUAGCAGCAAUAGAAGAAUUCGGAGAGAAAAAAGAAAUGUUUGGCCAGACAAUGACACUGGUUAACAGCUCUACGGCUUUGAUGUGCGCGCCGCUGUGGGCUCACCGCAUUGGCUGGAAGAACCACCACAUCUUCCCCAUUGGCCGCUGCCAGCUGGUGCCACCCGGGUCUGACACCUUGUCGCCGCUGACGAAGAAUGUCAACGAAUACCUUGGCAACGUCUUUAUGGACGGACACAUGGUCUUGGGUUUCCUCAAGGGUUUCUCUCUCUUCGGCUUCUCCGCGGCUAGCGAUGGGGAAGGUCAUGUUGUUGUUGGAACUCCUGGCUUCAGCAGCGGAAGAGGAUCAUUUGGCAUCCUCACUUUGAAUAGCGGGGAAUUCGACAUGAUGGAGAAGGAUACCUUUGACAAAGAGUUAGAUGUUAAUCUUGGUUUUACCAUUACCGUUGGGGAUUUCUGUGAUGGCAGGAAGAUAUGUUUUGCUGCGUCCAAUCGUAUGUCCAACGGAAAGGUGUACGUUGUUGCAAGAGAACAUCCUAAAGUCUUCCGGGUAAUGCAGAUGCUGCAAGGGUCACAGAACUACUCCUCCUUCGGGUUCAGCCUGUGCGCCAUGGACAUCAAUGGCGACGGUCUGUCUGACCUGCUGGUGGGAGCCCCGACCUACUCGGAUCACACCACCGACCCGACAUCGUAUGACGUGGGAAGAGUCUUUGUUUAUCAGCAGGUACAGGGUAAACUUCUGGCAAACAUCACGUUAGCUGGCGGCCGUAAGAGUUUCUCUCGUUUCGGAUCUGCCAUAGGAAAUAUCGGUGACAUCAACAGGGACUCCAUUGACGAUGUCGCUGUCGGCGCGCCACAAGAGGAUGAAGGGAGGGGAGCAGUGUACAUAUACCUGGGGAGUUCAAAAGGACCGGAGACGACUUUCUCACAACGGAUCUCGGGGCGAGAUAUUGGGAAAGGAUUGUUUUCGUUUGGAUCUCACAUAUCACAGCCUACUUCGGACAUAAGUGCUUAUAAAUAUCCAGACUUUGCAGUAGGAAGUCCGCAAAGUGAUGCUGUUGUAGUUCUUCGUACUCGCCUCAUCAUCAACGCCGUGGCCAACAUCCUGGUGCCAGCAAGCGGUGUAGAAAGUUCCAACAACCUUUGCCCCGCCAACCUCAGCAUGGUCAGCCUGAAGGCCAGCGGCUGUAUCUCUCUAGGAGUGUGCAUCAGCUUUUCUGUCGGCCUCACACGACCACGUCUAGAAAACCUCUUAUUUGACGUUUCCUUCGGGAUCGACACCCUGCUGCCCAAUGAAGGAUCGCGGAGAGUGCGACUAUACAGAGGUCAAGGUUACCCGACAGUGACCUCAGUCAACGAGACUGUGACAGUGAAUGCAAAGAAUGCCUACUGCAAAUCUUAUGUCGCAAUAUUGAAAGAGGAUCAGAUCCUCAGGAAUCCAUUUAUUCCAGUCAAAGUUGAAGCUUCUUUUAAUUUAAAUUUCACGUCGAUCAAGGACAUCAUCAGUCCCAUUCUAAAUGCCUCACUUCCGACAAGUGCAACGGCCGAGGUGAAGUUCUUGAACAAGUGUGGAGCGGACCAGACCUGCAGGGCUGAUCUCCUUUUACAAGGGCGCGUGCUGCACGUGCCGUCUGAAAUGGGUCUAGACCUGAACGUGGUGAACAGCACGAGUGAGGUGGUGCUGGACCUCACCCUCACCAACCGACAGGAGACCGCCUACGGCAUCAAGCUCACAGUCAAUGUCCAGGGCCAAAUAAGAUUUAUCACCGCCACAGACGAUGAUGGCGGCUCACAAUUUCUAUGUGAAGUCAGAGACAGCAAAGAAAACAGCACUCUGGAUCAGGCAGGCUUCCAACUCUCGUGCAUCAGUUGGUUUCCCUUGCCGCAGGGGGGCGCGCUGUCGGUCAAGCUACAGUUCGACGCAGCGUCAGUCCCGCUAGAGGCCGCGUCCCGCGUGGUGACCUUCGCCAUCAUAUCCAGGCCUUACGACUCUGCUCAAAAUCCUGAAGCAGAAAUGAACGACAACAUCAUCAACCUGGAGUCCAGGAAGGCCCUCGUCGCUGACCUGCAGGUGAUAGGCUCCUCCGAUCCUCGUUCUCUUCAUAUCUACGACUCCACCCACCUGCCUCUACAGGCCGCCCACAAGCUGCUGAUAACCAAUCGUGGGCCGAGUUUCAUGCCAGCUACUCACGUUAACAUCAGCCUUCCAUAUAUGGACAUGGAGGGCAGGGAACUGCUGACAUCCUACAGUGUGACGAUAAAGCUUGCAGACGGGACAGUGACGCAGUGUGCUGUCCUCUCAGUCGAUGCGAUUGUGAUGACGACCACAGAGGCUAUUCCUUCCUCCUCUUCUGCUUCUGUCAACGUGUCUACCCUCCUUCCUCCCGCCACGGAAACCCCGGAGUCGGAGUCAAUAACCUUCGGGAUCGUGGAGCCAUCUCGCCGCCGCCGGCAGGCAAAUGUUGAGAGAACAUUUGACUCAAGCCAGAAAUCCAGCAAGAACAGGGACAGCAGUCGUUCCUUGCAAAUGGACUGUCGGGGCUACAAGUGCAAGACAUUCCAGUGCAGCCUGCCGACCCUCCAGCGCUACGUGCAGGCUGAGGUGGACGUCUCCUUUGUCAUCAACAACGCGGUCCUGCCGUUUUCCAGUAAAGUUGAUUCUAUCUUGUACACGACCCUCACUAGCGUGGGAGAACCAUCAACGCCAUUUUUUUACCGAUGGCCGGAACCAAGAGCUGUAACAGUCGCAACUCCCAUCUACAAGGUGACAUCGUUCACAGAGAUCAGCAUCUGGUUCAUAGUAGGUGGAGUCAUCGGCGGCCUCCUAGCACUGGUCAUUAUCGCCGUCAUUCUCAAAAAGGUGGGGUUCUUCCAGCGCCAGGACAAGGCGAGGUUGGAGAGGCUGAAGCGACAGAAUGGAUUCUACCAAACCCCGCGAAGACCACCCAGCACCCGACGGUCCAUCUUGGAGCAGAUUGCAGCUGAUAAAUUCUGAAACGACGACAGCACAGCUUUAUAAUAUUAUUGCCUUUCAAAGGACAGUCUCCUGCUCUCUGUGUGAUGGCGAACAAUGUCACCUCUGGUACCAUGACAGAGAGAGAAGGUUGAAAAUAAAAUAUUCUCGAUUUUAGCCAUUUAUCCCCUGAAUUUGUCUCCAUUCAAAAUAGUUGUGCUACGAAAAUCUUUGAGCAUAGAUGAACUGCUAAAUUAAAUUUUUUCUUAAUCUUGAAAAUGAUUAUCUAAUGAUUAAAUGGAGACUAAAGUUAUCCUUUGUCCUCCUAAUUGUAUGAUUUUGGAUUGCGUGUUGGCAGAAAUUCAGCUGAUUGUUUUCUAGCUUACAGUUUAGUCACCAUAAGUAGAUUAUCAGCUAAUAAAAUAAAGUUCAGAUUUUAUGUCCCUCACUCUUUUAGUUUCGUCCAUGUGUAUGUGCAUUUACUCCUCCUGAAGUACCCCGAUCUAAUACAUGUAUACUUCACGAGCGAGUUUCAGCUAACACUCUUAACUGGUUGUUUGAUAUCAGGAUGUACAAUGUAAAUGUAUUUUCAAAUGACGAUUAAGUUAAUAAAUUUCUAUAAUGGUC